AUCUAAUUGAUUUAAAGAUGGCCGACCUCUAAUUACCAAUAUUUAUUGUAAUCCCCGAUUUCGCGAAACUAACGAAACAUUUAAAACACAGUACAAACGAGGACUAACCUAUUACAAACGAUAGAAUUAGUUCAUUCUUCGAAAAACAAUUACCUGUUGACUAUCUACAUACAAAUGGCGACCCAGCUCUGAAGGGUUGGAACCACUACUCUAGUGUAUCCUUUUUCAGCUGACACGCGGAACUCAGCCGUCACGCGUGUUAUUCCGUUAAUCUGAGUGAGGUUAAUUUCUACAAUAAAUUAAACAAUCAAACAUCAGCUUCGCUGAUAUCAUCUGCAAUAACAUUUUCCUGUACCUGAAAUUGUAAAAAUGGUAAAUACAAACAUUGAUGAGACCAGUGGACAGGACGCUCCACCGAAAACUGCGAAACAGUUGGAGAAGGAGGCGAAAAAGCUCGCCAAACUAGAGAAAUUCAAACAGAAACAGGACAAGAAAGAGAACACCGCAGGACCCAGUGCAAAACAGAAGGAAAAAAAUGAAAAACCAGAGAAGAAGAAAGAAAUCAAGGAAUCCGCAGUCUACGAUCUCCCAACGCCUCCAGGCGUCAAAAAGGAUGUGUCGAUUCCGAUGCCGGACGCCUACAGCCCUCAAUUCGUGGAGGCAGCCUGGUACUCCUGGUGGGAGAAGGAGGGCUUCUUCAAACCCGAGUACAACCGAAAAAGUGCAUUUGAUUUCAAUAUCCAUGGGAAGUUCGUAAUGGUCAUUCCUCCACCAAACGUCACUGGUGCUCUCCACCUCGGCCACGCCCUCACAAAUGCCGUCGAGGACGCCAUCGUCAGGUGGAAUCGUAUGUGUGGUCGCACUACCCUCUGGAAUCCAGGAUGUGAUCACGCGGGCAUUGCUACCCAGGUCGUGGUGGAGAAGAAACUCUGGCGAGAGGAGCAAAAAACUCGACAUGACGUGGGGCGAGAAAUAUUCGUCGAAAAAGUGUGGCAGUGGAAGAAAGAAAAGGGUCAAAGAAUUUACAACCAACUGAGAAGACUGGGAAGUUCCUUGGACUGGAGCCGCGCCUGCUUCACGAUGGACGCCAAGCACUCUCGAGCUGUGAUGGAAGCAUUUAUUCGCCUUCACGAACAAAAAGUCAUCUACAGGAGCAAUAGACUCGUCAACUGGUCGUGCACCCUAAAGAGCGCCAUCUCCGAUAUCGAAGUCGAUAAAGUCGAGUUGACAGGUAGAACUCUCCUGUCAAUUCCUGGCUACAACGAGAAGGUUGAAUUCGGAGUACUGGUCCAUUUUGCUUACGAGGUCGAGUCCUCCGAGGAGAGGAUCAUCGUUGCUACCACCAGGAUCGAAACAAUGCUUGGUGACACUGCAAUCGCAGUUCACCCGAAUGAUGAAAGAUAUAAACAUCUUGUGGGGAAAUUCGUGAAGCAUCCGUUCUGUAGUAGAAAAAUUCCAGUGAUUGCUGAUGACUUUGUGGACAUGGAAUUUGGGUCAGGAGCUGUUAAGAUAACUCCAGCUCAUGAUCCCAAUGAUUACGAAGUUGGUAAACGUCAUGAUUUAGCAUUUAUUACGAUAUUUGAUGACGAGGGAACAAUUGUUGGAGAUUAUGGAGAAUUUACUGGGAUGAAGAGAUUCCACGCGAGGAAAGCCAUUCUACAAGCUCUCACCACUAAAAACCUCUUCGUUGACAUCAAGGACAAUCCAAUGGUGGUGCCAGUGUGCAGCAGAUCUAAGGACAUUGUCGAGCCAAUGAUAAAGCCCCAGUGGUACAUCAAGUGCAGUCACAUGGCAGCUGAAGCUAUUGAAGUGGUGAAAUCUGGAAAACUGCAGAUCAUUCCAGAACAUCACACAAAAACAUGGUAUCACUGGAUGGAGAAUAUCAGGGACUGGUGCAUUUCCAGACAGCUGUGGUGGGGCCACAGGAUUCCAAUGUAUUAUGUGACCUUCACUGGAUCAUCAAGACCGUCGCAUGUGUCUGAUGAUGAUCUUUGGGUGUCGGCGAGGUGCCUAGCCGACGCUAGAGAGAAGGCUGCCGCGAAGUUUAAUGUGUCUGAGAAGGAGAUCAGCAUCGAACAGGAUCCUGACGUCCUGGACACCUGGUUCUCCUCCGGAUUAUUCCCAUUUUCGGUAAUGGGCUGGCCGGACCAAACCGAUGAACUGAGGUACUUUUACCCUGGAACCCUCCUCGAGACUGGCCACGACAUUCUCUUCUUCUGGGUCGCGAGGAUGGUGUUCCUGGGUCAGCAUCUCAUAGGUUCACUCCCCUUCAAGAAGGUCUAUCUCCACGCUAUGGUGAGAGAUUCCCAUGGCAGGAAGAUGAGCAAAUCCCUUGGGAACGUCAUCGAUCCCAUGGACGUCAUCAGGGGUAUCACUCUGGAGGAUCUCAAUGCGCAGCUGUUGACGUCUAAUCUCGAUCCUAAGGAGCUGAAGAACGCUCUCGAAGGACAGAAGAAGGACUAUCCUCAGGGGAUUCCCGAGUGUGGAACUGAUGCACUCAGGUUCGCACUCUGCGCUUAUACCUCGCAAGGACGGGACAUCAAUCUGGAUAUUCUCCGCGUCCAGGGAUACAGAUUUUUCUGUAAUAAAAUUUGGAAUGCCACCAAAUUCGCGCUCAUGUACCUGGGGGAUCUCAAAUAUAGUUUCAGUAAUAAGAUGCGAAAUGUCCCCGGAUCAAGAGUUGGGGAUGAAAAUUGGUACUCGAAUCUGCUAGCCGAGGAAUGCAUUCAAGACUCGUUGAACGAUUAUCUCGGUGAAUUCCCAUAUAUCGAUGGCUAUACGCCAUCGCAAGCAGACGUUAAAAUAUCUAAAAUACUCGAUAAAAUUGACAUCGAUUGGAGGAGGACACACCUCAAGCGAUGGCAGGGGCACAUGAAGAGCUUCACUCAAAACGAGAAAACUUCAUUUAGACCGGAAAAUGGGGAGUUCAUGGCUCGCUGCUCAUCGAGAUCCUCCUCGAGUAUUCCUGGGGGAUUUCAGCUGACGGGCCACGAGUCAAAGGUCGACCUUUGGAUGCUGUCGAGACUUAAUCACGCAGUGAAAACUUGCGACGAGGGGCUGGCUCAGUACGACUUCAACGCCUCCACCACUGCUUGCUAUAAUCUCUGGCUCUACGAUCUCUGUGAUGUCUAUCUGGAAUAUCUCAAGCCAGUGUUUCAGUCGGGAACUCCAGAGCAGGUCUUCACCGCGAGGAAAAUCCUCUUCAAAAUUCUGGACAUGGGGCUGAGAUUGCUCAGUCCAUUCAUGCCUUACAUCACCGAGGAACUCUACCAACGUUUACCCAGGACCGAAUUGACGUACCCAAGCAUCUGCGUGAGUCCCUAUCCAGACGUUUCAGAGUGCCCCUGGAGGAACGAAGACAUCGAGAAAGACGUAGACUUUAUUUAUAAAGUAAUAAAGAGCAUUAGAUCCGCUCGAUCAACGUACAAUUUACCAAAUAAAACUAAAACCGAUGCCUACAUUGAGUGCAGCGAUGAGACGCUACAGAAACUUUUUGACGAUUACAAACUGAUGAUUGAAACUCUCGCCUACUCGAACAUCCUCGAUGGAAAGGCACCCCAAGGAUGUGCUAUCAUUACGGUGACGGAUAAAGUUCAGGUUCAUCUGAUGCUCAAGGGGCUGGUCGAGCCGGAAAAGGAGCUGGAGAAGCUCACGAAGAGGGAGGCUCAGCUGGUAUCAACAAUUCAAAAAUUGAAACAAACAAUUGGGGCAAGCGACUACAUGACAAAAGUCCCUGGUGAAGUGCAGAAAAAUAAUUCUGAGAAACUCAUCAACAGUGAAAGCGAACUCGAGCAAAUUACUGGCGCCAUGGAGGUGCUACGAUUAAUGUUAUAAUUUAGGAUUUUUCUAGCAUUCUUCGUCACUCAUAAACAAAUAUAAUUUAUUAAAAGCGAGGAAAAAUAAUUCAGUCACUUCUUUGUGGUUCCCGAUUAAGUGUAAUCAAUUAAUAUUCAGUUCGCCCAUAAGAAAUCAUAAUACUUAUUAUUGUUAUUUAUAUUUCGUGGGGGAAGAAAAUUUAUUAUACCGAAUGAAAAAUUGUAAUUGUAUUCUGAGUGGAGAAUAAAAAAAAAUUUGCAUCUCGUA